AAGCAACGGCUAACACCAUCGGCCUCCGCCAUCGUCUUCCAGCUGUCCAGCAGUCUAUCCCCGCAGUAUCAAAGGUGCAUCACAAGCAUAUCAAUUAGCGCACCAACGCGACACAACCUUUGGUGUGACCAAACUUUGAUAUCAGCACCACCGACGUCGUCAGUCUAGUUCCGAGUGUCAACACCAAUCAAAUUCCUCGAGCAAUUAUUUUGGUCCAUCGAACGAUCACCGACGCUGUCGACCAGGUCCAGCAUCCCGUGAGGAUCUCCACGCCUCAUUGAAAAAAAGAGAGUUGGCAAGUUUCGCACUGUCAAUUAUAAUCAUGGCAGACCGUAUUGGACCAGAUCACACACCAAAGCGAAGCUUCGGAGAGAAGUGCAGGCGCCUUGCCAAGGCUUUCACAACGAACAGAGACGGACUCGUUGGAAACUACGACUAUGGUUUCCUCUUCAAACCCAACCUUCCAUUCAUGAAGAAGACCCGCCGAGCUGCACCUUUCUUCGGUCUCCAUGAUCGCAUGCCAGUCUUCCUCGCUCUACUUCUGGGCUUUCAACACGCACUUGCUAUGCUGGCCGGUGUGAUCACACCUCCAAUCAUCUUAUCUAAUGCUGCUCACUUGACUGGAAGCCAGCAGCGCUAUCUCGUGUCGACGUCACUCAUUGUCUGUGGUCUCCUCUCUGCUAUUCAGAUCACCAGGUUCCACAUCUGGCGCACUCCCUACUACGUUGGCACAGGUCUGAUAUCCGUCGUUGGAACGUCUUUCGCCACCAUCCCCGUCGCAACCGGUGCCCUUAGCCAAAUGUACGCCAACGGCAUGUGUCCAUCUGACGCUAAUGGUAGCCCGCUACCCUGUCCCAACGGUUACGGAGCAAUCCUCGGUACUGCCGCCUGCUGCGCGCUUCUUGAAGUCGGAAUGUCAUUCACCUCCCCUCGCCUGCUGAAGAAGAUUUUCCCGCCUCUCGUUACCGGCCCAACAGUCAUGCUUAUUGGCGUCAAGCUCAUCCUGACUGGCUUUCAGAACUGGGCUGGCGGUAGCAGCGGAUGCCAGGCGCGUCCCACUUCUGGCAUUUACCAACUGUGCCCUACCACCAAUGCUCCUCGAGCCCUUCCAUGGGGCUCGGCGGAGUUCAUUGGUCUUGGCUUCAGCGUCUUCAUCACCAUCAUCAUCUGCGAACGCUUCGGCGCGCCCAUUAUGAAGUCCACCGCCGUCGUCAUCGGUUUGCUUGUUGGCUGCAUCAUCGCCGGCGCUACAGGCUACUUUGACCGCUCUGGUAUCGACGCUGCACCCGCUGCCAGCUUCAUUUGGGUUCAGACCUUCAAGCUGAGCGUCUACGGCCCAAUUGUGCUCCCGUUGCUAGCAGUCUACAUGGUGCUCGCCAUGGAAGCUAUCGGCGAUAUCACAGCAACCUGCGAUGUCUCGCGUCUGGAAGUUGACGGCGAGCUCUUCGACUCGCGCAUCCAAGGCGGUGUGCUCGCCGACGGGCUCAACGGCAUCAUGGCCGCCCUCUGCACCAUCACACCCAUGUCGACCUUCGCACAGAACAACGGCGUCAUCGCACUUACGCGCUGCGCCAACCGCAAGGCAGGGUACGCAUGCUGCUUUUGGCUCAUCAUCAUGGGGAUUUUCGCCAAGUUUUCCGCGGCGCUUGUUGCCAUCCCGCCCGCCGUGCUUGGAGGAAUGACAACCUUCCUCUUCUCCGCCGUGGUUGUCUCGGGUAUCGCUAUCAUCGCGCGCACCGAAAUGACGCGCCGCAACCGCUUCAUCCUGACUGCUGCCUUUACGCUCGGUUUCGGUGCUACACUUGUCCCAACUUGGUUCAGCUACGUCUUCACCUAUUCCGGCGACAACCGCGCACUGGCGGGCUUUUACGAUGCUAUCGAGCUUGUUCUUGAAACGGGCUUCGCUGUUGUGGCGUUUGUCGCGCUCAUCCUGAACCUUAUCCUGCCGGAGGAGAUCGAGGAUGAUAUCCCGGAGCUUACGGCUGAGGAGCAGGAAGAGGUCGCUGAUCAUCAGGAGUGGAAGAGGGUGCAGAAGAUGAACAAGGAACCCAGGGCGAGCAGUGAUAUUGCGCCUGCGGGGAAGAUGUAGAUUGAAUGUCUAAUUUUCGAUCUUUGGCGUAAAACGAGGGGUUAAAAGUGGUGUGGUGUUCGGUCUUGCUCCAACAAAAUUUCACAUCCUGUCAAACUUAUACAAGACCCUGCCAAUGAUCGAAUUGUGACUGACUCAAAGAUGGCGAACAGGCAUGUUCGUAUCCCGACUCUUCUGAUGCAAGCGAACGUGAACCUGACAGAUAUCGAUCUUUUAAUGAAAGAUAUGUGACUUUAUACUUAUGCAAGCAUUGGC